ACGUCAGCCACCGGGUCGCCGAGCAGUGAAACAAACAUGGCGACAGAAUGGAGCGGGCAGCAGGGUUACAUUCUCGCCGUCAUCAUCUUCCUGUGGAGCGCGGUCGGCGGACGCACGGAGACGGCGGCGGCCGCUGCAGCGGCGUCCGGCGGCAGGAGCGGCGGCGGCGGAGGCGGCGGACAGGUGCUCGGCAUGCGGCUGGAGAGGAGCGACAAGCCGUUCGGCACCAAUGACGACGGUGUCAUCCAGGUGACCGAGGAGAGCACCGUGCAGCUCCGGUUUUACGGGGUGCAGCUCCACUCGGGCACCUGGACGCAGAUCCGCUUCACGGAGCUCACGGACGGCGGCGAGGAAGAGGAGGAGGAGGAGGAGGAGGAGGCGGUGGCUGUGGCGGCUGCGAGGGGCGGCAGCGGCAUGAUGGAGGAACCGGACAGGACCUGCGCGGACUUCACGAAGGACAUCAGCGUCGGGACCUUCAUGAACGUGAGCGGCCGAGGCACGUCCGGUGUGCUCACCGUGCGCGUUAAGCCGCUCCGCAAGAGCGAGCCGCAGAAGGAGUACGCCCUGUGCACGCGCCACGCCGACGGGAGCAGGUGGGUGCAGCUGGGCGACAGCGACGGCCGGCUGCUGGUGCUGGAGGAGAAGAAGUCCAUGCUGCCCAUGUGGCUGCAGCUCAUCGUCAUCUGCUGCCUGCUGGUGCUCUCCGGCAUGUUCAGCGGGCUGAACCUGGGCCUGAUGGCUCUGGACCCGAUGGAGCUGCGCAUCGUGCAGAGCUGCGGCACCGACAAGGAGAGGAGCGACGCCCGGAAGAUCGAGCCCAUCCGCAGCAAAGGGAACUACCUCCUCUGCUCCUUGUUGCUGGGGAACGUCCUGGUGAACACCACCCUCACCAUCCUCCUGGACGACCUGAUCGGGUCCGGUCUGGGCGCCGUGGUGGCCUCCACCAUCGGCAUCGUGAUCUUCGGGGAGAUCGUGCCCCAGGCGCUGUGCUCGCGCCACGGCCUGGCGGUAGGCGCCAACACCAUCAUGGUGACCAAGUUCUUCAUGUUCCUCACCUUCCCGGUGUCCUUCCCCGUCAGCAAGCUGCUGGACGUGCUGCUGGGCCAGGAGAUCGGCACCGUGUACAACCGGGAGAAGCUGGUGGAGAUGCUGAAGGUGACGGAGCCCUACAACGACCUGGUGAAGGAGGAGAUGAACAUGAUCCAGGGCGCCCUGGAGCUCCGCACCAAGACCGUGGAGGACGUCAUGACGCCGGUGGGCGACUGCUUCAUGAUCCAGGCGGACGCCGUGCUGGACUUCAACACCAUGUCGGUGAUCAUGGAGAGCGGCUACACGAGGAUCCCCGUGUUCGACGACGAGCGCUCCAACAUCGUGGACAUCCUGUACGUCAAGGACCUGGCCUUCGUGGACCCGGACGACUGCACCACCCUGAAGACCAUCACCAAGUUCUACAACCACCCGGUGCACUUUGUGUUCCACGACACCAAGCUGGACGCCAUGCUGGAGGAGUUCAAGAAAGGUAAGUCCCACCUGGCCAUUGUCCAGAAGGUGAACAACGAGGGGGAGGGGGAUCCGUUCUACGAGGUGCUGGGAUUGGUCACCUUAGAGGACGUCAUCGAGGAGAUCAUCAAGUCAGAGAUCCUGGAUGAGUCCGACCUUUACACCGACAACAGGAACAGGAAGAAGGUCGACCCCAACAAGAACAAACCCGACUUCUCGGCCUUCAAGCAGGACGGAGACAGCAAAGUGAAGAUCUCUCCUCAGCUCAUGCUGGCGGCGCAUCGCUUCCUGGCGACAGAGGUGAGUCUGUUCAGCCCGUUCCAGAUCAAAGAGAAGGUCUUGUUGAGGGUCCUCAGACAUCCAGACGUCAUCCAGGAACUCAAGUUCAACGACAGCGACAAACGCUCAGCGCAGCACUUCCUGUAUCAGAGAGGGAAAGCUGUUGACUACUUCAUCCUCGUACUGCAGGGGAGAGUGGAGGUGGAAGCCGGAAAUGAAAACAUGAAGUUUGAAAGCGGGCCGUUCUCUUACUACGGAGUGAUGGCUCUGAGCUCACUGUCACUGGCCGUCACCCCUCCUCUCUCCCCAUCAGUGGCGUCUCCCCCUCCACGACGCCUCUCUCUUAAGAGGUUUUCUCUGUUCUCUCGUUUCCCAGAGUUUCGUUCUCCGUCUCACGCUGGGAAUCUCAACCGCUCGGCGUCUCUGAGCUGCACUGAGCGCGCUCCAGAAAACGUCUCCGUCGGCGGUAGCAUCACUCAGAUCCCGGGAACCCCGUUCCAGUACAUACCGGACUUCUGCGUACGAGCUCUCACGGACCUGCAGUUUGUCAAGAUCACUCGUCCUCAGUACCAGAACGGUCUCCUGGCAUCCCGGCUGGACAGCACUCCUCAGUCUCCAGAGGGCAGUCGCACUCGCCUGGACACGUCCGUCUCUUUGCCCCCCGUGACGCCACCGGGGACCCGAGCUCCGCUGCCGCUGGCCUCGCCUCCUGCAAAGCGCCCGCCGUCUAAAAUUCAGCCGCCACCGCCGCCGCCGGCGAGCAGCCGCGCCGCUCCGCCCACCUCCACCUCCACCUGCAGACCGAGCCAGUCGCUCCCCCAAACCACGCCCCCUCCGGGCAACCACACCCCUUUUGCCCAGCCCCCUCCGUCCUCCGUGAGCCUGACGGCGUGCACCUUUAACCCUCCUCCGCCCUCCUCCGUCUCCCCGAAGCCCCAGCUGUCGCCGCCCUCCCCCGGUCCGUUAGAGACCACCACUCUGCUCAGUGAGCAGCAGAACUGUGUGGGCCCCCGCAGGCCCAGCCACACCCAGGCACACCCCCACGCCCACACCAACAUCGGUCACACACACACUGAAAGCACCAUAUAACGUAAAACAAGCCCCUGAGGGGGAACUAAACUACCCGUGCACUCACUCACUCACUCGCACUACUUCCUGUUUGCUCGUUGUCUCCUGAACUUGCUGAGGAUCAGCACCUCAUGUGUAUUUUGUAAACGGAGAUCCUCUUCUAACCCGUCCUGCAUGCCCCCCCCCCCCCCCCCCGAGAUUCCACAAGAUAUCCAUAAUAGACUACAAAGAUGGCCGAGGGAACGCGAGUGAGUACGAGUGGAAACGUAGACGGGGUUUUGUGUUUGUAGAGGAUCAGUUCACCGGGUUUGUUCAGGUUUUUAGAGAUUUCUGCCUCCAGCUCAGUGAAAGAUGAACUUAACAGCAACGUGUUUCUGUGGAUCAUCUGCAGACCUCCAGGCUUCAAAGGAGCCUCUUUACAUCCAGAAUAACUGGGACAUCGUUUCGGGAAAGACUCAAUCAAAAAGCAUUUCCUCUAAGAAAUCAGCAUUAAUAUGUCCAAGCUGUUUGUUUUGACCUGCGUACUUAUUUGGUCAGAAUUGUUCCUUUUCUUACUUAAGUUCAUGUCUGAUCUCCGGGUCUGCGUGUAUCAGAGUAGCUCUUAUUACUGCGUAAGUGCCUGAAAACAUGGACGCCGUCGUUCAAUAUCAAUAAACCAACAAAUACGUCCAAAAAGCCACAAAAACUACAUUAAGCUGCUUUUCAUUUCAGAGGCAGGAAUCUCAAAAGCUCCGUUCAUAAAACUAUUUGCCAGUUUGUUUGUUUUUCUGUGAUUUAUGUGAACUGAACCUUUACGUCAUCGCCGGUGUGACAAAAACAGAAAACUCACGUUUCCAGAUCAGUGCUGGAGAAGAUCUUCUUAUUUAUUUAUUUACUUUUCCAAAGAGUGAAACUUCCAAAAACUAUAAAGUUUAUUUUCAAAAAGUAGGAUUUUAUUUACGGAGCGGCAGUUUGUUUAAGUGUUCUUUGGAGGCGAGGCGACUUUCAUUGAGGCAGUUUUCUAGAUUCUUGGAUUUAUUUGACCGACUUCGAGGCGUCCAUCGGUUUCUGUUGGUUUCUGUUGAGCUUGAAACUCACCGAGACUCUUGAAACGUCUCCACUGUUUAUUUAUGUCAAAGUUAGAGUAUUACAGUUACAUACUCCACAAAGAAACGGCACACAAAGACUUUAUUUAACAACUCCAGCAGCUUUCUAUGAAGCCUGCAUAUGACUUUCUGUCUCUCUCUUUAGUUUAACUCCUAACAUUAAAUGAAUAACAGCAACACGCACUCUGAUUGGCACGCAGUUAUUUCAAAUUAAUUAUAAUUAAUUAUAUUUAAAUAUAAGCAAACACAAAAUGUAAACUGUUCAUCUUUAAGUGGGACACAAAUAAAUUGUGAGAUUUAAUAUAAUGUGCACGCUUAAAACUACAUUUAAUAACAAAAACUACACAUUUUAACAAAUAUCUUUUUAAUUAAUUCUUGUUCCAUUUUGAGACAGAAUAUGGGAAUAGAACCAUUAAUAUGUAAAUUUAAUCUUUUUUAAAAAUUAUUAUUUUAGGCUAUUAAUGCACAAUGGAUUAGUCAUAUAUUUAUUAACAAACUAUAAUUCAAGUGCUAAUUGUUUUUUACACACAAACAGAAAUGAGUUGAAACCAAUGGCGUCCUGACAAGUAGAAAUAAAUUCAUGUGAUGGAAAAUAAUCCUCAAUAAUCUGAGUUACGCGCGAGUACGAAACACCCGGCUCCUUUAAGUUGAUGUUGGUGACGUGAAGGUGUCUUCAGGCCUGCCUCUUGACCAAUAAGACAAUAUAUGUUUCAAAUGAUUUAAUUUCUAAGAGUGAUGCUAUUAUGAGUAUUUAUUUUCUGUUAUAUUAAAUUAUAUAUAUAGAGAGAGAGAGAUAUUUAAUUAGUUGUUUUAUAUUUUAGAGGUUUAUUUAUGCUUUGCCUUCGUUGGUUCUUGAAGCUGAAGGACAAGCUGCAGACUUCAGACUCUGAAUGUUCCUCUCUGUGAACACCAGCUCCGUCCUGAAGCUGCAUCUUCAGUUUAAACACUGUGUUCACGGCUGAUGAUGUCAAAGACUCUGGGCUGUCUAUUUAUUUGUUGUAUGUUUGAACACACAGACGUGGGUUCACUUUGACAUGAAGAUCACAUAACGAGUAGUUUAACGCUCAGUGUUUUUAGUAGCAAAUCCAGAUUUCUACAUAUUUUGUGCACAUGACUCUAAUCACAGAGACUGAGAUAAUAACUGAUAUUAAAACAAUAUUAUGGAGCCAUGGGAACGGAUAAUAUUCAGAGAGAAAGACUGGAAUAUUCUCUGAGAAUAUUAAGUCAAAGAUUUAGUUUUCUUGUGACAGGAACCUCAUCGAUCCACCUCGUGUUUUAUGCAGUUGUUGGGAUUUAGUGAAUUUCAGGUUUUUUUUCAUACUUUUCUUUUAAAUUUACCUCAAAAACGUUUUGAAUAUCCGAGACUUUUCAUGCAAAUUUGUGAUUUUUAAAUUUGCAUUUUUUUCUCUAAAUAUUAACCCUUUUCCCCGGCUCCCUGAUUUAUUUAUGUAUUACCUACAAUGGUAAUAAGCCGUCGUAGAUAAAAUACUUAUUCCACACUUAUAUCUGUCCGUUAAAGUUACAACCUCAUAGAAGUUGUGUUGGUGCUUGUGAUUUGCCAGCGACACCCUUUCAUCAUUGACUGAGCAGAUAUUUAUUUAAAUCAGCCAGGACACUGUUAGCUUAGCUUAGCUUAGCUUAAAGACUGGAAACAGCUAGCAUGGCUCUCUCCAGAGUUCAAACCUGUGACUUAAUAUUUAAUGGACAGAUGUGAGAGUGGAAUUCUUCUCAACUCUCAGCAAGAAAGCGUAUCUUUAACUUGUGUUUCACACGUGUGUGUGUUAACCUUUGAGCUCACAGUUAAGCCCGAGGUUAAGGAUUGACUCGUGAAUACUGGAAACACUCGCAGCACAACGACUUGAUGAGAUUUAAUGGACAACAAACAUUCCACUGCAUGUCUUCACACGAGUGGUGUUAACCCUGUCGGGGCUAAAAAAAAAACUCACGUUGGCUUCCUGUAACUGGACAAUUGUGUGUGUGUGUGUGUGUGUGUGUGUCUGAAUGGCACUCAAAACCAAUGUGAAGUAGAUUUGAUUGUGUCUGUAAAUGAAGCUAUUCGACCCGUGUUCAGAGCAGACGAGGGUUGGAGGACGUUCGGUUGUGUUCCGGUGGAGAUGAAGAGAGAUUUAGAUGAAGACGACUGCAGCAGCUCAGAUGUUGAAGCUGCUAGCUUGUAAUCUACAUAUUUAUUUAUUUUUCCCACAUAUGCAGUGACACUGAAACAAUUUGUGACUGUGAAGAUAAAUUAUUUUGUUGAUGAUAUAGUGAUUUAUUUAAAGAAAUGACUGUUGUAUAAGCUAGCACUGGUUUGAACACUUUAAACAUGUGAGUCACGUAGCUUAGGUAUGAAACAUGAAUAUUCAAAAGCAUUUGAGGUAAUUUAAAGGUACAAAGGAGGUUUAUGUUUUAAACCCAGAAAAAAUAUGUCGCCAUUGAAUGUUUUUGCAAACCACCGAAUAUGAUGAAUGUCCAGAAUAAUAUAAUCUGAACAGAAAUCCGUUUCACAUCAGCCACGCUGGUAAAAAACGCACAAUGCUGUUGUGAGUUGAGAGGAAAUGAAAAAUGUAUUUCUAAUCCUUUUAGAUCACAUUCCCGGGUGUAUUGUUCCCCUGUUUAACAAUAUAUGCAAUGUAUUUAUUUGUAUUUUUUAUAUCAAAAUCCAAUCAUCUUUUCUUCCCCAAAAAAACUAAAUAUAAAUAAUUGUGCUUGUACCAAACAACUACAACCAAUAACACCCAUAACGUGGUCGUCUCCGGAUACGACGGUCUGAAAAAUGUUUUGUGUUUAAACAAUAAUCCACCAACUUAAUGAAAUAACUGAAACAGUACUACAGCAAAUAUACAACAACAGAAUAUCUCACAUAAUGUUAUGUAAUAUGCAAUGUUAUGUAAUAAGCAAUGUUGCGUAUAACAACGUUUAGUAAAAGUAAACUUUUGGUUUCACACGAGACAUUAACAUCGGUCUCCUGGGUGAAAGUCCCGGGUUUGUUUCUUAUAAUCAUUUUCAUACCACGUAACUUUCAAUAACGGUAAUAACGUAUCCGCGGUUUGCAGAAACGUACAAUGGCAGCAUCUUUACUGGCGACUGGGCUGUUUCUUACCUUGAGGUCUUAAAGAUUUCAACAUCUAGUUUCCAGACCUUUUGUUACUUGUUGUGCUCAGUUGUACCCCGGUGGUCCCCCUACCAGGUGAAUCCGGCAAUAUAGAAGAUCGGCACUCUGUGAAAACCGUAGUUAUAAUUCAGCAGGACCUUCCAGUUCACUGACCUUAGAGGAGAAACCUGCUCAAUAAAUAGAAAUAUAGAGUCGACAUAGCCUUAAGAGAAGUUAGACCUGCCUGCUGGUUCAUAGGUCUCAUGUAGCAAUAGGUCUCAUACUGGUUUCCAGUGAAGCCACUGGUUGGCUGUGUGAUACCAGUUUGUGCACUGGGAAAUGUGCAAACAAUUGUUCUACUUAUUAAUGUUGUAUUUAUUGUAAACGUUGUAUUUAUUGUUCUUUUUUGGGGGGGUUAUAGGCACCUGAGGGUGUGGUUCUGUGAAACGGGCUUCCAGCUGUGAAACACAGCUUUAAACACUGUGUUCAGCUCCCUGACUGCUGUGUGUGUGUGAUGUUACUGUAAAUACUACUGUACAUGAAGAGAUGGACAUUGAAAAAAUAACUGAAAGAGAUGUUGAAAAUAGCUCUAUUUAUAAUGAGAGAUGUUAUUUCAUUUACUUCCAUUGUUUUGUUAGGCAUUAAAUAGCAAUAAACGUUGCACAGAGUUGACCUCAAACAAUCAUUUACUCAUAUAUCUUUCUUGUCGUUAGACGUGAUAACCAAAGCUUUCAUUUCUUUCAGCCUCCUGUAGCUCCCUCUGUGCCUCCUCUCCUCCCACGCUUCCUUUUCACUUUUCCUCAUCCCUUUUUCUCCCUGCCUCUUAUCUCCACUCCUCUCCCGCCGUUUAAUAAUAUUGAAAUUCCUGCAGCUUUGACUGCCGGUCUGAAUCUGCUAAGCCGUUUUUAAUGUUCAGACCUUUCUCUUUUUUCUCUGUCAUGGGACUCGAGCGGGGCUUAUCAGCAACUCCUGUCGUGUUGUUUUUAGCCCUGCAGCGGUGUGAUGAUUAGACCUGUACGAAGGUUAAAGAGUUUCUGGCGCAGGCUUCUCAGCCCAGUGAGCUUUUUCCACACGAUGUAUCAUUCACACGUGGAUUGUUUUGAGUCGUUUCGGGUUUCAUGCAUGUGGAGCGAUGCAGAAAGAGUGAAGGGCCCCACAUGUUUUUUGCAUGUUGUUAUUUGCACGCAGAGUUCGGGCCGUGUUUUUUAAGAGUUGCAGUGCAGACAUGAGAUAAUUCAAGCCUCUGAAAAACACAAAUAUUUAACUAUCUAUAACUAUUAUACAGAGGUAAAGUUAUCUUCCCUUUUCAUUUCCCCAGAGUACGUAAAGCAGAUACCUGUUUGGCAUGUUUUAAUAUUCAGACAAGGCUGUGUGUUUGACUUGGGUGUGAGUUUUUUAUUUAUUGCAAUGACUGAGCAAAGAUGGAGGAGCACUUCCAAACAUGGAUAGUGGAACUUAAAAGCAAUGUGUACAUACUGUUUUAUAAGUAGCCCACUGUAAGGCAUUCGAAGAAAAUCUAUGAGGUUAUUAAUAAACCUGAGAUAUAUUUCUCUACA